GUCCCUCUCUUUUACUGCCACGGCUGUGUUCUAAGGUAGGAGAAACUAUAAAAAAGAUUGUUUCCUCAUCACCUCAGUAUAUUGACACAUUUAGAAGAGACACAGGAGCGAACAGGGCGUGCCUCGGAGGCCUUUCGUGUCGGAAACACAGCGCCGCUUUGCCUCUCUCUGCCUUUCAUCUUCCCGGCUCCCUGAGUUUCCCAAGCCCCGCCCUCGAGUGCCGGCCGUCGCUGGAUUGGUGCCUUCAGCUUUCCAUCGGAGGAGCCGAGCCUGGCGAGGAAGUCGUUGCCCGGGGCCGCCAGGAAGACGAAAGCAGCUAUUGCUGAAACUGCGCCAGGGAACCGGCGGCGACAGUCGCAGCGCCUUCGGGAAGCGCCGGAGAUAUGCUGGAUGAAUCGUGGGCCAGCAAGGGAGGCUCCUAUGAGCGCCUCCAGCCCUUCCGCCGAAAGAAAUGCAGCCCUGAAGAAAGUGCAAACUUUUUCAGCAAGAUAACAUAUUCCUGGUACAGCAGAGUUAUAACACUGGGCUAUAAGAAACCACUGGAAAGAAAUGACCUGUUUGAGCUAAAUGAAAGUGAUUCAUCCUAUGUUGUAUGUCCAGAUUUUGAAAAGCAGUGGAGAAAGGAAAUCUUUAAGACAUCCAAGGACAUAAAGGCUCCUGCAUAUAAAGAUGUGACAAAGAAGCCAAUUUCCCAAAAGCCAUCUCUCCUUUCACCACUGUGGCAAACAUUUAAAUUUUUAUUGAUCAAAGUUGCUAUUCUGAAAGUUGCAGCUGUUGUUUUAGCUUUUACUAGUCCACAGAUUAUGAAGGAAAUGAUUCUGCAGUGUGAGCACUAUUCUGAUUCAUACUGGAAUCGUUAUUGGUAUGCAGUUGCCCUUCUUCUUGUGGUUGUUAUGCAGACACUAAUCCAACAGGCUUACCAGCGCUUUAACAUGCUUACUGCUGUAAAAAUUAAGACUGCAGUUGUUGGUCUCGUAUACAAAAAGGCCUUAAAUUUAUCUAGUUCUUCACGGCAAAAGUAUACAACCGGGGAAAUUGUUAACCUGAUGUCAGCAGAUAUCCAGCAACUCAUGGAACUGGCCAUCAACCUAAACCUCUUAUGGUCAGCCCCUUUUCAGAUCCUGCUGGCCAUUGCCUUCCUUUGGCAGGAGCUGGGCCCCUCGGUGUUAGCCGGUGUUCUUGUGCUGCUUUUGGUGGUACCAAUAAAUGCUUUUUUUGCUGCCAAAGUCGAGCAACUCAAGUUGUGGAUAUGA